AUGUGCUAUUACUGGCUAUUCUCUACUUUUUCAGGUCCUGAUCAUACGCACUACAUGAUUAGGGCACCAGGAGAGCCAAUUGAUGAGAUUGAGGAGCAUUGGAGUGAUGACUCCCUGUCUCUUUUAGAAUGCUACUUUCACCAUCCAUCUGAAAGCUUCCUUGACACACAGAACACCAUUCACUGCUUUGACGACCUUUCUUACACUGAAUACUACUCCGCUUUCUGUUUAGCACGUUAUGAUCCCACGAAAGCAGGUUAUCUGAACUACUUUACAGAACAUCAUGCGCAUCAGUCAACAUCUGUUCGCAUGCAUGUUAUUUUCCGUUCCUUCGCAGCUCCACACCUCGCACGCAUCUGCUCUGUACAACCAUCUGAAGGCAAAAGAUUUUACCUUUGUGCACUACUCCAACACCGCCCAGCUCGCUGUUUUCGUGACAUGCAAACAGUUGAUGGUGGUGUACACGACUCCCACCAGCUGACAGCAGCAGCAUUAGGCCUUUUUGCUAACAACAAUGAGGCUGAGCUUGCAUUGCUUGAAGUAAUAGCUGCUCUGCGCACGCCACAUCAACUGCAUGUGCUGUUUGCGCACCUUCUCGUCAAUGAUUGCAUUGCCACUCCACUUGUUCUUUGGGACACUCUGCAGUUGGGCAUGAAUCAUGCUCUUUACGAGGUGUCAACUUACCUCGAGGAACAUGGUAAAUCACUACAAGACUACGGCUUGCCAGAGCCCACCCAGCAUAUCUUCGACACCAUUGUGCAAGCUGCGCUGUCCAAAACUCCUCUGCUUGCCUUCAUCAAUGGUAAAGCAGGACAAGGUAAAACUUUCCUUGUCAACACAAUCUAUGACUACCUGCAAGGCCAUGGUAACAUUGUACUCCCAACCACAACAUCAGGAUACGCUGCUCAAUUGUAUCCUGGAGGACGUACCACACAUUCAACUUUUAAGGUUCCUGUCAACAACAAGAACGAGCUGCUUAAGUCUCCAAUUACUACUCAAUCAUUGCGAGGUGACCUCAUCAACCAAGUGCGAGCAAUUAUGUGGGAUGAGGCUCCGAUGGCAAACAAGGCAGUUCUUGCCUGCAUGGAAGAAGUGCUGCGAACAGUCUCAAAAUGCCCCAAACUACCUUUCAGCGGAAAAGUGUUUGUGACUUCUGGUGGAUUUGCCCUGUAA